AGAGAGAGAGAGAGAGAGAGAGAGUCCACAAGUCCACUCUCAGGGGUUAAUCUCAUUCUCUCGUUCUCUCGCUCUACCUCAAUUUCUCCCUCCCUCUAUUUGCCUUUUGUUGCGGCCCCUCGCUUUUUCAACAUUUGGACAGGGAGAACUGAUGCUGUGCAUGUGUGCGCGUAAAUUGGGUUUCCCUUCUCGCCACUGUGGAGCCGCCCGGACUGAACUGUACCAGAAUAUGGACUGAUGGGAGCUUCAUGUUGAAUGACCGCACCGCACACUGAUGGAAUCAGCGACCAUUAAGGACACCAUAAAGAUAUAAAGAGGGGCGGUCCAGCAUAUUUGAUCCGGCGACAGAGAUUCCUGUGUGUUGUGCGUCACCUCGUUUCUCAUGGACCUCAGGGUGGGAGAGCGGGGGAUGCGCCCUGGCUCCGACACGGCACUCCUCACACCCCUGCACCCGCCGUUGCUUCUCAGCCCAUUCUCCUCGCAGACCCGCACCUCCUUCUCCCAACAGCAGCUUCAACAGCACAUACGGUUUAAUAUGGAGCAGCGGCGACGUGAACAGGAACACAAUGAGAAGCAACAAGAAUUGCAGCAGCUCAAAAACAAGGACAAGAGUCAACAAAGUGCAGUGGCCAGUUCGCUGGUUAAACAGAAACUCCAGGAGGUCAUCUUGAAGAAGCAGAAGCAGGCGGCACUAGAAAGAACAAGCGCCAACACUUUGACUCCUACGCCAGUGACAUACAGAAAACUGGGCCCGGACCAGAGUAUUUCCUCCCAACCUCUGGUCUCAUCUUCCUCGCUGCCUCCUUCUGAGGGUUCAGAAGGGACGCGUCUGCGCAGAGCAGCAUCUGAGCCCAACCUAAAAGUGAAGCACAAGCUGAAGAAGCAUCUCAACACCCGCCAGAGCCCGCUCACCCGCAAAGAGAGCGCGCCGCCCACCAUUAGACACAGAGUACCUGAUACACUGGCAGACUCCUCGCCCAGCAGUAGCAGCACUCCGGUCUCGGGCUGUAGUUCCCCCAAUGACAGUCUUCCCAGUGAAAACGGGCUAGUGCCAUCUGCAGGCGGCCUCUCACAUGAGGCACAAAAGCUGCUGCUCAGAGAUGGCACUCUGGCAAACUUCACCAUCCAGAGUCCUUCCACUCUGCCCACCAUCACGCUGGGACUACCGGCCAAUGCCAGGGUUGAAGGUCAGCUGUCCCCUCUGAAGCUUGGCCGAGGGCCCCUGGUCGCAGCCGGGGCCCCGCAGGUAUUGUUGCCCCUGAGCAGAGAGGAUCAAGCGGGUCAGCUCAGCUCACGCCUUCCUGUUAUCAUCCUGGAACCGUCAGGACUGGUACACGCGCCACUACUCACUGUUCCUGGACUCGACUCGGUCCCACUACAGUUUUCUCCUCAUUUGGACCAACUGUCUCCAGGGGGCGCUCAGGCCCACAAGCCCCUGAGCAGAACCCGCUCAGAGCCCCUCCCGCAAAAUCCGCGGACCCUUCACUCACACCUCCUGCAACAGCACCACAACACACAACUACUGGAGCGAUUAAAACAGCAGACUCACCUUGGCAAGCUUAUGUCCAAGUCCAGCGAAAAGCCCAGACUGCAUCAGAUCCCUUCCGAGGACAUGGACUCAGAGGACGGCGGGGUAACGUCGCCAUCAGAGCCGACCUUUCAGAGCAGAGCGAGGGCAGAUUCUCUGAGGGAGGCGGAGCCAACUACAUCCAGUAACCAAGAGCAAAUCAACCUACAACAUGCACUCAUACUCAACCAGUCAUUACUGUGGGAGCAGCAGAAGCAGCUGCAGCAGUUGCAUCGACAGAUGGAGACGCUGGCGGUACCGAUGCUGCGUAGUGGUGGAGGCGGUGCGGUCUGUGGCGCGUUGGCUGUGCAUCGGCCCUUGUCACGUACACAGUCCUCCCCAGCCUCCACGUCUCUCACUCUGCCUGAAAAACCUCUGAGCCUGACCGGGCAGGAGGCCAGCAGCAACUCACGCUUCACCACUGGACUGGUGUAUGAUUCACAGAUGCUGAAGCACCAGUGUGCCUGUGGAGACAACAGCAGUCACCCAGAGCAUGCUGGGAGAAUACAAAGCAUCUGGUCCCGACUACAGGAGAGAGGCCUGAGGGGGCAGUGUGAGAGCAUUCGUGGUCGUAAGGCAACUUUGGAAGAGCUGCAGUCCGUCCAUACAGAGCGCCAUGUUUUGCUCUAUGGCACCAACCCGCUCAACAGGCUCAAACUGGACAACCGCAAACUGGCAGGUAUCCUCUCCCAAAGGAUGUUUGUCAUGUUACCGUGCGGAGGUGUUGGGGUUGACAACGACACCAUCUGGAACGAGUCGCACACGUCCACAGCGUCACGCAUGGCCGCUGGCAGUGUUGUCGAGCUGGCUGUCAGAGUGGCCAAGGGUGAGCUCAAGAAUGGCUUUGCUGUGGUCAGACCACCAGGGCACCAUGCAGACCCGUCCAACCCAAUGGGUUUCUGCUACUUUAAUUCAGUGGCAAUCGCUGCCAAACAGCUCCAACAGAAGCUCAGUGUCAGCAAAAUUCUAAUUGUUGAUUGGGACGUUCACCAUGGUAACGGGACCCAGGAAAUCUUUUACAGUGACCCAAGCGUCCUCUAUAUGUCGCUUCAUCGCUAUGAUCAUGGCAACUUCUUUCCUGGCAGCGGCUCACCUGCUGAGGUCGGCUCUGGCGCUGGUGAGGGCUUCAACGUGAAUGUGGCAUGGACAGGUGGACUGGACCCUCCCAUGGGGGAUGCAGAGUACCUUGCUGCAUUCAGGACCGUGAUGAUGCCCAUCGCUCAAGAGUUUUCUCCAGACGUCGUUCUGGUCUCCGCCGGGUUUGACGCUGCCGAGGGCAACCCCGCACCUCUUGGAGGGUACAAGGUCUCUGCCAAAUGUUUUAGCUUUCUGACUCACCAGCUGAUGUCUCUAGCAGGGGGCCGUCUGGUUUUGUCCCUCGAGGGAGGUCAUGACCUCACAGCCAUUUGCGAUGCAUCUGAGGCCUGCGUCAGUGCGCUUCUCGGUGCACAGGACCCACUGUCAGAAGAGGUCCUGCUCCAGGAACCAAAUGCUAACGCUAUCCGCUCCCUGCAGACGGUCAUACAAAUUCAAAGUCAGUACUGGCAGAGUGUGAAGGCUUACAGCGGCUCCGUGGGUCUGUCCUCCCUGGCCGCUCAGAGACGAGAUUGCGAGGAAACGGACGCCGUCAAUGCUCUGGCCUCGCUCUCCGUGGGAGUUCUUUCCAGCGAAAUGCUUCCAGAUGAACCAAUGGAACAUGACAGUGACUCCAUGUGACCAAACGCCUAACUCAACUCCCAUUCAGGAACCAGGCUGGCUCCACUUGUAGCACUGGAUUGCCAGCACUGCUCACGAGCAUGAGAGUGGGCGGGGGCGAGUGUGUGUGUGUGUGUGAGGGGGGGGCAACCUUCCAUCCAUCUGCCUUAUCGCCACAAAGACACGCAAACGUAGUAUAAGCACCUCAACGCUGAGAACCACUCGGCGGUAACCUUGUGAAACCUCACCAAAGAGCAAUACAAGAUGUUUUAUGAACUUGACUGACAAUGAAUUGUGCCUUUUGUACAGCACAACAGCUCUGUGAACACACACACACACACACACACACACACACAUGCACGCACGCACACCAUUGAAAUGUUGCAGAUGAUGUCUUUCUUGCCUCAAGCUCGCCUUAAUGUUCGGACCAAGAACCGCAUCCUUUGAAUGUCUUUUGGAUUCUGCCCCAAAAUCCCUUUUUGAAGCACAUGGCAACCAAAUUGAAUGACUGACAUCAGGUCAAAGCAUGCACACGUGUAUACACACACACACACACACACACAAAUGAGAAAACGUGCGACAGUGGAAAAAAUACAGAACAUUUUGUGUUUUUAUCGUGUCCUGAAUGCAGUUUGACCACUAUGAGAGGAUGAAGACACAACUGCAAUUUUGUAGAAAGAAAAAGGGCAAAAGGUCCUUCUUGCUUGAUUGCACUGUUCAUUCCUUAAUGUGAAGCGUUUGAAAUUCCAAAGCUCGGGGGGCAAAAAUAAUACUCCAACUCUCUUAAAAGAUGUUUUUAUUUGUUUUGAACAUGUAACUGAAUGGUAUUUGCAUUUAUCUUUAACUUGCAACGUCGUUCGACCUCCUAACUGCACCAUACUGUACAACGCAAUAUUGCAUGAAGUAAAGCAGCGUUUGCGUUCACUAGUAUACACUAGUAUUGAAUAGUGUUUUUCAUUCCACCCAAGCGGACCAUUCAAAUAGGUAACAGUUAAUCUUGAUGCACUUGAAUACAUCACCCAAGUAGAACUGCCUGAAAAUACCCUGCUUUUGGAAAUAAGGGCUUCAAUAGGAACACGAUAGGGACCGUAAUGUACACGAGGGAUGACCUUUCCCACAUUGGUGAGAAUUAAGUAUUUAUUAACUAUUAUUUGAAUGGGACAAGAGCUUCUCUCUCUGGUUUGCAUGCCAGUUGUGUUUGGGGCAGGUGAUAGCUCAACAGUGCCUCCGCUGGUUGUCGCGUUACACUCCAUUUUAGCCUCAUAUGCGUCACGAACUGAGCGUUUCUCAAUCGCAGAAUUGUUCACGACCAAUUCAUGGAUUAAUUUGACCAUGCAGAAUGUAUACUGUUCUUGUAAGCAUUUAAACCUGUGGAUUGGGUGAGGAACACAUUCAAAGACUGAUGUCCAUAUUCAUACUUUAGUCUUCAAUUGAGUCUUAAUUUAAGGAACUAACUAACACAAGUCUUAUGUUGUUGUUGUUGUUUUUUUAAAUGUAGCUCAGCUCAGGCUCAGAGAAGAAUUUAGUAAUAUUGUAUACAACAAGUAAUGCACUGUAAUUAGUAGCAAUUGGACAUGUUUUUUUAAUGCAUGUUUUGAAAAUCUAUGUCUUAAUCCUCUCGCGAGUCUAACCACACUAGCCGCCAUUACGAUGGCAGAAUGUUGUCUUUUGCGAAGAGAAUGGCCUCUUUGGUUUUUUUGUUUGUUUUUGUUUAGUUUUUUUGUUGCGACGUAGAGCGAAAGUGGGAAAACCCUGGUCAUGUUCUAUCACCUUUAUCACUUCAAAACUAAAAACAAAAAAUAAUAAUAAGUGGAAUAAUGUGACCUUUAACCUGUAUAACUCGAUUGAAAACAGACACAUCUCUGUGGUAACAAACAAAAAUACAUAAUAGGCUGGAUACAUGGGCACACCAAAAACUUAAGGGCAUAAUUGACAUUACCAAUGAUUUUGCCAGACAAUACAGUAGUUGCAGUUGUGAACGUAAUGUGCGGAUCAACUUUUUGUGCAAUUUCUUACUAGAGUCUCAUCAGACGAUGCUGGUAAUUAUCAUUAGCUCCUCUUACAGGCUUAUAGUAACACAAAAAAGGGCUCUGAACAACCCAAAAUAAGGAUUGUAUUGAAUUGUUUUGUUAGCAUUAAUAUUACGUAGAGUAGUUUGUUGUUGCCGUUUUGCCGAACACACGAGACACUCCAAAACCAAUGAAUUUAAAUGUAAGGUAUGCAUCCAUAAUCGGUGUUUAUGAGUUUGUUGCUCAUGAUUUAUGCCACCUCUGGGGAUUUUUGGUUCAGUUAUUCACAAAAACGCCCCCCCAAACACAAUAUGCACAAUGCAUUUACUGCAUCAAAGAACCAGGUCUUAUAAUUGACUUUAAUCAAAUUUUAGUUCUAUAUAUCCAUCUUAAACAAUGAGUCUUUUGUAUUGUUUGUGACGCAUUUAAAGCUGGAUUCUAUGUAGGACUAGGUGUCCAAUUCUGAUUUAAUACCCUUACAGUAUCUGAUUUUUGUGACUGUCUGUUUCCAUGUACAUUUCAAGUGAUACGUAUCGAAAUAUGUCUUGUGUUCACACUGACGGAACACAUGAAACAACCAAAUUCAACGUCGAUAGCUCCGCAGGCAUCAGCGCCGAGCAGUGACAACACACAAGUGAACAACAAAAAUAUCAAACUUGCAUACCGGUUAAUUAAAAAAAGAACAAAAAUGCAAUUGUGUGACUUGACUCAUGCAGUGUAAAUCCAGCUGAGGAGACUUUUUCCAAUCAGGGUUCUUUUCAGUCCUUUCUAGAUUUAUGAAAAAAAAUAAAUAAUGCAAUGACCAAACACGUUUAUUAUUAUACAAUAAAUUAAGAGCAUUUGUCGGUUCAGUUUCUCUGAAGUUGUAUUUGUUUUUUGUAUUCCACGGUGGGGUGAAAUGCACUCACAGGCUGUACGUUCCCCACCCCUGCUUUAAACCAAUGACUGCGUUGCGUGGCUCUUUCACAGCGUGUGGUGUCCAUCAAGUAAAAAUGUACGUGUGCUGUGUGCGCGCGUGUACUCGUACGGGAUUUGCAGUACUGUCGUGUUAUCUGUUAUCAUCAAAAGCCCCAGUAGACGUUUGCUGUCUUAUGCAGAGGCCAAUAUGGCCUCCCUUCUUCUUAACUGCCUCCAGUGCUGAUGUCAUGUGUACUCUCCUUUUUAAGAAAUACACUGUAAAUAGAAUCUCCAAAGACCAAAAUACACAUCAGCCACGUGCCUUGUUGCAUUCAGUAGUUAUAUGUGUAUUGGUAACUCUUCUUAACUAACUGGACUUGCAGUAAUACUGUUGAAUUGGAUUUUAUGCUAUUCUUUCUUAAUGACCUAUACUGUGUGUUUUUAUCCAAUUUCUUACCGUGUGUAUGUAUAGAAAGAUUUUCUAUUUUGUACUUUUGUCUUUUCCUCCUGAUUAAAAAGAAAUACUUUUUGAAAACAAA